CUCUUAGAACUUAUUUUGCACAUGGGGUGAUUUCUUCAGGUCUCUCUUUCACUUUGCCAGUUCUGUCUUCAGCUUAGUUUCUUUUUCAGAUCAACUGGUCUGCUUUUUGUUUGUUUUUUAAUUGUUUUUAUUGACUUUUAGAGAGGGGAAGGGAGAGAGAGAGAGGGAAACAUUGAUUGCCCCUCAUAUGCACCUUGACCUGGGACCAAACCCGAAACCUGCGCAUGUGCCGACUGGGAAUCAAACUGGCAAUCGCCUAGUGCAUAGGAUGAUGCUCAACCAACUGAGCCACACUGGCCAGCGCAGCUGGUCUGUUUUGAGUGUUUUGGCCUUAUUGUUUUUCAUCUCUUCUUUCACAUUCUUAUUUUAAGCAUCUUAGAGUUUCCAUCAGACACAUUAGCACCUGAAGCUCAUAGGCAUCUUGUUCUAUCUUCGUAUUCCUCCUUGUGAUCGAUUGUUUUGUAAUCUCGGAUAGGAGAACGGGUGGCCAGCUUGGGGCUUUUAUCUGUGGGACUCCUGGAUGGUCUACUUUACAGGCCAGUCCUAGAUGAUAUUUGCUUUUGCUCCCACCAAGUGCCCCAGGAGUCCCAGCCUGAGCCCAUUUGGGUUCAUUCUCAGCUCAGUGGCUCUGUCCCUACAUGGCAGCGAAAACCCAAACCCCUUUUAUUGCUGAUGUUGGGAUCUGGGCUCUGUUUUUCAGCUUUCCAGUGAUAUUUCUGGGGCUUCCCCUAUUUUCUUUCAAGUUGGUUAUGCAUUUAUUUUUUUCUAGCAUUGCUAGGUGUUCUAUAUUUGGAGACCUGUUCAAUUUCGUGGACGAUAAAGCUGCUGGAAAUGAAAUUUGGCAGCAGGCACUACUUUUGAAUCCCUGUCCCGAGUGAUCCAGACUUCCCCUCUCGGCUGGAAACUGCAGGUGGAAAACUUCCCUACCCAGUUCCACAAGACCUUGGCUGUUGACUGGGAAUGCCUGAGAUGUCAGGCUAAUUCCUAGGAAUGUCCAGGUCGGUCCAACCUCCCUCCCCAUACUUCUGCCAGGCCUUUUUGGGGGCAGCAGGAUGGAAGCUCUCACCUCUUGCCAUGGCAGUUUCACCCCUGCACUCGUGGCCAUGUGGACUGUGGUCUAAGGCCACCCCAACAGUCCAGGCCUUGUGCUUCAGUGGUUAGGAGCAGGGGUCUUGUGUUCAGUGGGACCUGGGUUCAGUUUCUGCCAGUGGUUUAUUUUGGGUGGCUUUGGACAAGUGGCCUUUCUCUCUUUCUAAAAGUAGUCUCAAGCACUGCAAUAAGAAUGACCACACCAAAGCAGUGACGCACUCCCCUGUAUGUGGAUUUCUGGUCACUUCUGAUGUGCCGAUACAAACAAAGCGAAUAGCCUGGGCUUGUCCCUCACCUAAGUACAAGUUCCCGAGGCAGUUCUAGGGUUAGAGAGAUGGGAUUUGCAAUUCAGUAUCAAAUGCUCAACUGCUGUCAACUUACACUCCCUCCCACAGUGUGGGGUAUGCCUGUCAUGCAUGCACCCCAGCCAUGUGGAAGCAAAUGUUUAGAUUUUUGCCAAUCUUGGGUUCUGAGUCUCACUUGAGUUUUAACUCAGUCUCACCUGUGUGAGGUCGAGCACCUCUUCAACAUGCAAAAGCUAUUUGAAUUUCCUUUGUCUCAAAAGCUCUCCCAAGCUCCUCUAUGCCAAGCACCAUGUUAAACACUGACUGCCCUCAAAACCCCAUGUGGGAGGGACUUUGAUUAGCCUCCUUUCACUGGUAAGGGACAGUCUCACUUUCCACAGGCUACAUGGGUUGGGUGUGGAAGUCACUGUGACUUGCAGCUGCCUCCAAGACCCAGUGGGAAUCAACCUCUGCUCUUGCUCUGAUGCCCUGGACACCAGGAUGGGGCUGAGGUCCCAGAGUCCUCAGGUGGACCUUCUAGAGACAGGAGUCCCUGCAGGGUGAGCUUCCUGCCCCUUGUGUCCCAGCCCUUGGCUCUCUUAGAGUCUCUCCCUUUUCCUGUUUUGACACUGGCUCAGCCAGGCCCAGAGACAGGGGCAUGAAGUCUUAAUCCUCUAGGCGGAUCCUCCAUGAUGGAGUCCCCAUUAGCUAAUUCACCUGCCAACCUACCUCUUCCCCUCCCCAUUCCACCUGGUGCCCAACACAGGGGCUUCUGAGCCUCAGCACUCUGCCUGAGUGGGAAGGGGCCCCACAGAACCCCCCACCUGUCCUUCCAGAUGGCAGAUGGGGCAGGGACCCUGGUUGCUCACCCUGGGCUGGGCCCUGGCUGCCGCCACAACUAUCGUAAAUCAAAGGGUGGAGGGGUGUCGGAAAUAGGCCUGUGGAAUGUCUGGAUGUGGGGGUGAGCCCUUAACUCUUAGAAGGACAGAAUGUGAGGCAGAGGGAGCUGACCUGCCUGGAUCUGGGGAUGUGGAAGAUAAGCUGGUGGGGGACACAGGGCCUUUGUGUCCAUGCAGCAUCCAGCAGUGAAGAGGUUAUUUCCCAGACCAGAUGGGGAUAAAUUGAGAGCACAGGACAUGCCCAUCCUCAGGACCUGUUCGUCACAAUGGCCACAGGAAGAGUCCUGCUAGGUUCUCUGCUGCUCCUGUCACUGCAGCUGGGUCUCAGCAGGGGCCAGGGUGCUCCAGGAGCUCCAGUGGUAGAGGGAACGCUCUCAUCUGAGCCAGCAGCAGACAUAGGAACCUGGAAGCCACAGCUGGGUGCCCACCUGCACCGAGCUCCUGCUGGCCCAUGCCAACUGUGGAGCCUGGCCCUGCCAGUGGUGGAGCUGGGCCUGGGCUACACUUCAGAGGAGAUGAUCAUCUUCCGCUACUGCGCUGGCAGCUGUCCGCGAGGUGCUCGUACUCAGCACAGCCUGACGCUGGCCCGGCUGCGAAGCCAGGGACGAGCACAUGGUGGCCCCUGCUGCCAGCCCACCCGCUAUGUGGAUGUGGCCUUCCUGGAUGACCGCCACCGCUGGCAGUAUCUGCCCCAGUUUUCAGCGGCUGCCUGCAGCUGCAGUGGCUGAAGGUACCCAGACCGGGGCCCUGCAGCCACCCUAGGGCUCUGCUGACUUACUUAUUGGAGACUUGGAUGCUGCAAAGAUGGGAAGGUGGGGGUGGGUUGGGGCUGCCAGCAAGGAACACAAUAAAGAAAAUUGCUCCUGGGGUCUUGUGACUCUGUGUUCAGUGGGGUGCACUCUGAC